ACCUUUACCCAAAAAUUUUUGUUUUGAAAAUAUCGAACAGAGUAGAUACUUUUUCCGAGUAAAAAUGAAAUUGGCAGUACUUCUGACAGCUUAUCUCUUUUCAAUCGUUUUUGGUACCUAUUUAUCCGACUCUAAGAAUAAUUUCGUGGAUAGACUUCGACAACGUCUUGAAUUGAAUCGACUUGUUAGAAAUUUAGAAGAACUUGAAAACUACGAAGUUCUCAAGGAAACUUUGAAGAAAAAAACUUAUGGAGCUGGUUUACGAACUCAGUACUUUGGUUUAAAAGAGGGUGAGAAUGUAUGUCAUCGGGUAAUUUUAUUGGGCAAGCUCUUUGGACGAUCCAGUUGUUGGACAUCAAUUAAACGGUGCCGAUGCGGAUGCGACAGCUUAGACACGGGUGCCUUUGAGAAGAGAGGGUAUUAUAGCGAUUUGUGCCCGGACCUUAUAGAAAUUAGUUCCAAGAGAGAUAAGAAAGAUGUUUGUAUUGAUGGUGAUAAAAGAUGUUGGUGUUAUUGUCAAAGUAUACUUUAA